AUGUCAUUAAAUAAAAAUGCAAAAAUACCAAAAAAGUUUGGCUCUAAAGCAGAAAACGUUUCUAAGAGAACAGUGCAGUCUCAUCAAGAAAAUAAUAGAAAAAAACCAAAAAUAUUUGAUCUUAAACCAUUUGAAGAGGAAGAUCAUGGGUUUGUAUUUGUUAGAAAACGAAAGCUUGACGAGUUUGUCAAUAAACAAUCCCAAACUCAACUUUCCGAGAAAAAUCAUAAUGUGGAAACACAAUCAAAAGUGUCAAAGUAUAACUAUGGACAUUUUACCCAAGGUGAAAACUCAAAUUCAUCCAAUCAAUCACAUGAAAUUCAAACUUUUAAGCAAAUUAUGGAUUUAGAAGAAGAAAACGAAGAAAUUUCUAGUGUGGAAGAUAGUAUCAACAGUUCACCUGUAAAUAUGGAGCACACAGUUACUUUUACACUACCAUAUGAAUCUUUGGAGUUUGUUAGACCUAGAGAUUCCCUAGAAAAAAAUCGAAGAACAAGCGAAAAAAGAGGGAAGAGGAGAGCAUCGUCUGUCCGAGAUGGAUUUUUAGAUUUCUAUCGUCAUAUUCAACCUGAAUUGCCUAAUCCGGUAAGAUUGAAACAGCUUUUAAUGUGGUGCGCACAAAGAACUCUUGGAACUCAAAAACAUGAAAAUGAAAAGGUUUUAAACAUAGUAAAGAAAGUUCAAAAAGAUGUAAUAAGAGAUUUGUCUGAAAACAUAAUUAGUACAUCUUGGUUGAAUAAGGAAGAAGCAGAAUGGGAUAGAUUAGUUUCAGAAUUGAAUUCUCUUUAUGAUUCAGUUUCAAACUCCGAUCAGAACCCUUCAGAUUACAACAAUGUAAUGCUUGAUGAAAUAGACUUUACUAUAUUACCAGAACAGCAAUUAAAAUUUUUAAAAGAUGAUGAUCCAAGUGAGAAAAAACAAUUGGAGUUUUUGGAGGAAAUGUCUAAAUCAUUGGAAAUUAAU